UCCGUCGUCUCCGGCAACGCUUCGCGCCGCUCGUCGUGCCAUGAAGAUGGCCAACGAGUGCGGCGCAUCGACGCAGCCCGCUGCAGUGCCGGCCGGUCAGGCAGCCACAACGCUAGCCGGUGGCGGGAACACCAAGAACAACAACAACAACAAGGACUGGCGUCGGUGUGGCGGGAGUGGAUACCGUGCAGACCGGAAUGCCGUUCGACACCGCCAAGGCCAAGAUAUACGAGACCAAGCGGCACAAGAAGAUCGUGCGACUUAUGACGGUCAUGGCGUACGUUCUCUCUGUCUCGCUCGCGGCGAUCGUGCUGUCGUUGUACUACGUCUUCCUCUGGGAUCCCAACAUGCGGUCUGAGCCACUCCAACAGGACCGCGAGGCGAGUCGCAACACAGCGUUCGCACAGGCGUCGUCUGCUACGAACGAGACGGACUGUUCGCAAGUGCCGUCUGCUUCGCAGAAGGCGGCGGCCAGAGUUCAGGUGGCGGCUACCAGCACGGCGACGGCGGCAACUAACAACGACGAGCCUGCCGUUAUUGACGCUACGGCGGGCUACGAAGACGUCGCGGCCGAGGACGCGGCGUCGCCUUCAGAGAUCUCGCUCGGCGAGCUCGCCGACAACGCGACGGACAACGCGACAUCGUCUUGGGUCGAAGAAGAAGCGGACGACGGUGCGGGCAUGUCGUUUGCGUCGUCCUCAUCUUCAGCGGACGUCCCUGAAGAGAAGUCCACCGCUUCCGUCGAUAGAUGAGAGAACACGAAUCCAGCUUCUUCUGAAACCAGAAGUUCAGCCACGCAGACACCGCCGUCCGCGUCUCAUUCGAGCGUGUGACGUCACAAGGGGGACGACACACGCGAGGAACAAUUGACACGGCUGACGUCGACAUUGUGUGUGCCAUUUCUCCUUUUUUUUUGUCUUUUUACCUCUAUUCAUUUAAUGUCAUUCAAAUGAGGCCACGGAAGAAGGGAAGGUUAGCUAGCAAGGAGUGUCACGUGACAGCUUUCAAUAUCAUCCAAGUCAG